CACUUUCAAAUUUUCUUCUUCUUCCUCUUCUUCUCUACUUUCUCCAAAUAUUAGAAAUUGAAGAAAAAAAAGAGGAGUUUUAUAGUUUUGGGGAUUUAAUUAUACUCCACCAUGAAUGAGAAAUCAAGAGUUUCAAAGUGGCUUAAUGCUAAACAUACGAAGAUACUUGAGGGACUACUCAAAUUGCCAGAGAAUCGAGAAUGUGCUGACUGCAAAGCCAGAGGUCCAAGAUGGGCUAGUGUGAACCUCGGAAUCUUCAUAUGCUUGCAUUGUUCCGGUGUUCACAGGAGUCUUGGAGUACAUAUAUCAAAGGUAAGAUCUGCUACAUUGGAUACUUGGCUUCCGGAUCAGGUUGCAUUUAUUCAAACGAUGGGAAAUCAGAAAUCAAAUAGCUACUGGGAAGCCGAGCUGCCUGCAAAAUCUGACAGAGUUGGUAUUGAAAAUUUUAUCCAAGCAAAAUAUGUGGAGAAAAGAUGGAUACCGCGAAAAGGGAGUGUGAAAUCAUCUCCAGGUGCCAGAGGAGAACAUAAUUCAGCUAGUAAACCUAAGACUGAAAGGGAUGCAGAGUUAAUCAAGCGGAGCAUGUCGUUGUCUCAAGAGAGGAAAUCUUCUCCAUUACCGGAUGCAGAUAGAACAACGCUGUCUUUGAGGAACAGAUUACAUAAUGCAUCUUCUGAAUUACCUAAGAAGGUUGCUCCUGAUCCCAAGCCAGAAGUUAUUCAGAAUGCAAAACCGGUAGCCUCCAUGGAAGAAGCAAAGCCAAAAGCUAACGUUUCUCCUGAUCCCCGGGAAAACGUUCUUCAAAAUGUAGAACAAUCAAUCUCUCAAGUCACAAGAACAAAUUUCUCUCCAACUGUAUCAGCCGCUACCAUCAACCAUGCUGCUAACGUUUCUAAAGUUUAUACAGAGGCAACGAAAGAAAAUGGAUCUGCUUCAAAAACGCAUUCCAUUGCAAGCCCCCAACCGGAACCAAAAGCAGUAAUCCAGCAGAAUGCCAGUUCUGCCACUAUAGAAAACAAGAACAAAUUUGAUGCUGGAAUUGAGGAACUGAUCAAAGAUUUUCAAUGGAAUACACAGCCGGUCUCAGCAAACCCCUUGAGCAAUGGGAAUAAUGAGCCCCCCACGAAUUGUCCUACUGUCCAUCAGCAGCAACAAACGUUGCCACCUCCACAUCAACCUCCGCUCAUGCCUACUACGAUGAAGCAUUUCAGUGGUUCACAAACCGUCUAUCAAUCAUCAAACGGUAACCAGUUUAAUUUUCAAAACUGGGGAAACAUUGGCAGUCAGGUCCAUGGGACAAAACAGAUGGGAAGCACUCAAUAUUUACACGCGUCUAUGUCACCAGCCUAUGCUAUGAAUCCCAGGCAAGUAAGCACUCCAACUUUAAGAGUGCACAUCUAGACACCUAAACUUGGUCUCAACUGGCAACUAAACGCUCUAACUCGUCUUCAAUGUGUCUCUUGGACACCCGAUGCUGAAGUGACACAUUAUCUAGGUUCCAGUCAUUGGUGUCUAGAUGAUCAUUUUGUAAGUUGGAGUGUUCAACUGACAUAGAGCAAACGAGUUGAGGUAUCUGAAUGUGCAUCAAGUUGGAGUGCUUACUUGCAAGUUGAGUACAAGUUUGAGUAUCUAUUUACGUAUUAUGCAUUUGCAAAAUGUUCAUACCACAUUCAUACAUGUUGAGACCAUGUUGAUUUUCCCUUGUUUAGGCUAAAUUGUUUGGCUACUUUAGCUGUUGUAUAAAGGUUAAUAGUUUUACCAGCGAGAUGAACCAGUUGCCAUGAAAAAACAACCUAAUAACCUUAACAACGUCUGUUACUGCCUAGUCUAUACGUGAAGUGACGUUUAAUCAACAGCUGACAAAUGAUGAGCACUUGGGGGGUUGGGGUGGUGGUGUUGAAGCAGGAAAUAGGAAAAGAACGAAACAAAGGGCUCGUUAGAGAAUGUUACAUUUGCCCCACUCCCUCAUCAGUUGUGUAUGGAUCUACUCGUCCCACUACAACCAGACAAGCGAUAUGAAGCCAGGCAUUGAACUUUCAGCCUUGCCUAAGAUCUCGCAUUCAGAAAGAUUUAUGUUAUGUUAAUCUCUAUGAAAUAGCUCAUACCGUAGAAUAUUAAGACGUGUCAAGGACACUCUCCUUGAGGAUAUUUGGUAAACAUAGUAAAAAAAAAUGAUUAGGCGUAUCCCCAGGAUUCAACAAGCUCUUCCAGUCAUAAACUCAGAGCGGAAACAACAAAUUAGAAGAGAUUAGAACCCAACAUAGGAGAUAUAAACUCACUCUGACCAUUUUUGACCAUUUUUUCAAAAUGUAACUUGGAUUAGUACUCCUCACGUCCCAAUUCUCAUGUGCACGCGAGUCCAAUCCCUUUUCUUGCUCGUGAAUAUGGACCUUUAAUACAUUGGCUAGAUAUACGUACGAUAAGCUAAUAACUUUUUU